UUAUCGUAAGACGUGCAGACCAGCAAUUGCGUAUUACAUAAAACGCGAUCAGCCGCUUUGAGCUCUAGUUUAUUCUUAAAAAAACGUAAGGAGAAAGAAUUCCUCAUCAAAGGCCGGACAAUUCACAAGAAAGGGCAAGUAAUAAUAAUAGUAACAAUUAUUCCGUUAUUUACCCUCGACAGUAUUUAUAGCACUAAUGCUAGUGGUGCUGGGCAAAUGCCUGAAACAAAUAACCUAAAUCAAACUUAACAGGGUUAAGAAUCCCAACUAGCCGGAGGCAAAUUAAAAGCAUGGCCGAGGAACUGAACUCGGUACAACAGUGAACAAAUCUAGCUAGCGGUCAGAGCUGGAUUUAAACUCGGGGCCUCCAAAUUGCAAGCAUUAGGCAACUCGGCCUCCAUAGCAUAAGUACAAUAGGAACCUUAAGCAACUACGACGACGAUAACAUCAUGGUCAAAAAACAAUUGGUUUUAUGAGCAAAACAACAGCUCUGCAAGUGCAUCACGCUUUUUAGUACAUUUCUUUGACGUCCACUGCACGACUACGACGUGAAACCUCCCAAUGCGACGUUUUAUGGAGGACGUGGACAUACGACGACAAAGUUUCGUUUCUCUGUUUGAACAUGGAUAAAACCCUUAAGAAUUCAACUCCAGGAAAAGUGGCCUACAUUUGACGAGUUGAGUGGUUCCAAAUAGACGCGAUAAAGUUUGAAAGGACGCAAAUUCGUAUUUUUAGUGAUGUUUUCAUUGCCGUUGUCGUCGUCGUUGUUGCUUAAGCUCCCUAAUAAGUGAUAGUAUAAACUCAAUAAGAAGCGAUGUUUUCUAUUAGAUACUGAGUUUUUGUUUAAAAUUCUACUAAGGAUGAAAAUAGCAAAAGCAUACAUACUUUUCAUAACACAAAGGACAGGUGGAAUGCGUAAGCCAUGAACUGAGACUAAACGUGUGAUACAGAGCUUGGUAAGCGAAGGGGCUAGUAUUGUGGCUCAUGCAGAUUUUAAACAUUUGUAACAGCCUCUUAAUUCGAUCAUUCAAGGACAGAAGGUCGCGUUAUAGUAGAAACCUUAAGAUACACUGCUUCCGUUUACGGGUAAUGGUAAAUUACCCGUAAGCGAACCAUAAAUACGGUUACAUUGCGUCUCACCCCGGAUCGAGAGACGACUAGGCUACCAGGUAGAACGGUGAUCCUAUUAUCACAUGUGGGAAAUAAUGGUCACAUUUUGUAUAAUUAUGUGGCAAACAUGUUUGCCUACCCUUGGCCAUAAGGAGAAACUGUAGUCACCUUAAGACAAACCGUUUCUGUCUUCGGGCACGGGUAGGCGAACACGUUUGCUAACGUAGGGCAACCAUUGCACAGCGUGGCCUUUCUCUUGAGUAAGAGGCAAUCUACACGUAUUUACGGCUACGCGUACGGUUAAUUUACCCGCACCUCGAACACGGAAACGUUGUAUCUUAUAAAAAAAAAGUAAUGUUGGAGAAGCCUUUUUUGUCACGAUGUGGCAUUUCCUAGCUAAAACGUUUUUCUUUUUUCUUUGUUUUUUUUCGUAGGUUGUGUAAGGAUGUCUGUUGGCUCUAAGAAUAGUACUGGACAAAGUAGCUUCACCAAAAUCUUGGGUUUUCUUUCUUUUCGUAGGAAAACACUAGGUGAGAAACGUUUUCUUUUGUGUGGCAAGAGCUUCGUCAAAUGCUAUAAGCAAGAGACAAGAGCACCCAACGACGGUUUCUUCCUAAAUACAUUGAAAACACUUUUUAGCCUUUCCUGAGUACAUUUAGAUCUCUAGAGAUGCAUUUUAACAGGGCUAUAGAAUUUGUAUCGUCAUCCUAGAGGAACUUAAGUCUUUUCGAAAUUACAAGUUCUUCAGCGUUAUUUCCCAGUAAGUUUUAGUAAGUUUGAUCACGAAAGUGAUGAUUUUUCCGAUUCGCCUCUCCAUCACAUUUUUUAAUCCGAAGAUUAUAAGUUUCCUUUUUUCUUUGAAAAAUAGCUUAACCUGGGCAAUGAAAUAAAAAAAAAUUAACUCCAGAAAUUCGUAGGGAAUUGUUUAGAUAAGCUUCGAAAAUUCUACAUGAAUCGAACGAUCAUCUAGAAAUUUUAGCAGUCGUCAAGUCGUAAAAAAUUCUAGGUAAUGUUUGGUUCUCCGAACAGAUAUUUUAAAGAAAGCAGUCGUUGGGUGCCCCUGAAGAGAGGAGCACCUUUAUCCUCUCUUGCUAUGACUGAAUUAUAUAACUAGACGAAUAUUUGUUUACAUUAUUGGCUUCAAUGACAUAUUAGCUUAUCAUUUUCUGAUCGUUCUAUUAAAUUAACGUUUUUGAAUAUUGAAAGAGCAUAGCAACAUUAGUAAUAACUGAAAAUUUGAGCCUGCGUGAUAUAGCAAAUAGCCAGGAGAAAUUUUGUUUUUAAUCUGAAAUUAUAACAAAAAAUGUAUGGGUUCAUUAACGUUUUUUCCGCCAAAGAAUGUCGCACAAAUUUCUUAAGUUAUCGACAGUAAGUGUUCUGUGGCAUUUCUUGCGCAUCAGGUGAAGAAUCGGGUGAUGAAAACAUUGACACCAAAGAAGCGGACAUCCCCGAAAAUGGUAAGUUUCAUAAUUAAAGACGCUCCAGAAUGGAUGAUUUCUAGUAAAAAAGUAAGGAAAAAGGAAAGGAGCGGGAUUCUCUAUCAUUAUAUCGUUAUAGAAAGUUACCGUACGCAUAACAAUGAGCGUCCUGUAGCAGCGUGUUUUCCAAUUUAUAUUCACAACUAAGAGAUGGGAAUGGGUGUGCAGCUCGAACUGUGAGCCUGAGUGUUUUUGCCGUCCAAAUAACAUACAAAGUUCAUCAUCAUAACUAAAGAAUGGUAUACAAAUAUUCCUAAAUAAAGUCACUCAGGCUAAACUAUUCACGUGCGCCUUCUGAUACGAAAACCCAAAAACCCAGUGGGAAAAAAUUGUGAACGUAUUCCCCAACCGAUGCGGUCGCACAACCUCUGGGGGUUGAAGGUAAAAAAUCAAUUGAUAGAUGAAUAAAGUAAGAUAUAAAAAUAAAAGUUGAUACUUCGAGAGCUGAGAUGAAUACACUACAACUGUCAAAACCUUAUAUACCUAACAACAAUAGAGCCAAUUAACGCCAUAGCGGCUCACGUGUGUUCAUACCAAUAGGAAAGUAUUUACAUUCGCUGUCACUGCCACUACGUUUAGCUCCGCCGAAUGUAAAUACAUUUACCAGCAGACCAAGGGCACUAAAGCCACAUUAAUGUGGACAAAACUUGUCCCGGGUAAAAUGGCCACUCUCCUACCCGAGCUACCCUGGACGAGCCGACUUUUCCCACAUUUCCCUAAAAAAACGUUCUGAACCGUUUACACGAGAAACAAAAAACUGGCUCGGCUAGAAGGGUGAACCUCCUUGCUGAGCCAAUUUUCUUCAUGUAAACACUUUGGCUCGCCCAGCCGGGUCAACUCGGUCAAGGUCAGAGAAUCAGAGUAUGCGUGCUAGCGCUGUUGGCUCGGGCGGAGAGCUCACAUUUUUCCUCAUAAAUUCUGGCUUAAGUUGACUUGGUUGGGAGGGUGCGCCUCUUCGCCGGGACAACCUUUUCCACAUAGACGGGGCCUAGAGGGAAGGGUUCAGUUUAUCGACAACUAUCAGCAGUAUGUGAGCUGUUUCAUGAAAAGCAAUCUUCUGACUUCACAGUUAUUACGCAGUUUUUAUUCUAGCAUUUAUAAGACCUAGGGCUCCAAUCACUACUGGUGAGUUUCUGUCUUUGUACUCAGUCUCCGCCGAUCUUUGUGUUUGGAUAGUUUCUCAGCCACUUCUACCGAAGUGUUACGUUCCACUGAAAUGGCCAAGUCCAUGAGCAUCACUGUCGUUCAUGUCCCUGAUAACUAUGUCAGGCUUGCUGGAUAUGUAUUCCCUGUCGGUUUGGAUUGGUAUGUGUAGGCUCGUUCAUGUAGCUCUUGAAGAUCUUCCAGGGAAGGUACGCUGUCACGUUGUUGUUCUGGAAGAUCUACUCAGACUUCGCCAGAGAUUUUUUCACUCUUUUAGUUUCAUAAUUAUACUCUUCUAUUGUUCGGAAAGAUCCACUCGGAUUUUUAAAUCGGACGAAAAACUGAGGUCUGUAAGUCCAUAUUACAAUGCAGUUUUCUUUGUCAUUGUUAGAGGUGGAAACUAAUCUAAAGGAGCUUAUAGAAGAAUCACACGACCCACAGCAAAAGCAGCGAAAUGUGGAUGAUAUUAUCAAUAUGGUCACUGCUGAUAACUUGUGUUCCUGCCGAGACCCCAUAAACAUGGCUUUUCAGGUACAUAACGAAUGAGAAAUCGCUGUCAUUAACUCCGCCAAAGCCAAUCUAUCGUUUUCGGUCGACUCAGAGAGUUCUUGUCAUUCUUAUGUCAUCAUGUUCUUCAAAAAGUUUGGAAAAGACUAUAUUCGACAUCUUUUUAUUAUACCGGAAUUCCAUGUUAAUCCUUCUUCUGUGCCUGAACGUCUGUAUAGACGUAGAAAAAUUAUUGACCCCUCUCUUUCAAGGUCUUCUUCCUCCUGAUCUACCGAGUCAUUCAUCGUCACCCCAAGCUGAAUUGUGUCGCGCCAUGUAUGGAAUAGUCUAAGGGCGCUUUCCAUUUAUCAAACCUAACCGAGAUAGUUUUUCAGCAAAAACUCUUGGAAAAAGUAGCUUAUUUCAUUGUCAAGAAAUGACCGGCCCGCCAUGUUCCGGUCGUGCAGUUUUGACUUUUGGAAAGCGCCCUAAGAAGCAGUUGCCACAAAGCGUUGUCGUUUAUGCUUUUCUGUCACGAAGGUAGCCUCCCCGCAGACGUCCUUUGGGGUUCGUUUGAAUGCGUGACAAACGAACCCCAAAGGACGUCUGCGGGGAGGCUAUCACGAAGGAUGUUGUGGUGAAAGAAGACCUUUAGAGAGGUCCCAAAAACGUAGAAUUUUUCUAGAUAGGGUGAGUUUGAUAGAGAAUAACGGUAUGAGCAAAUUAGAAGGUUUUGUGCAUUUGAUAGGUAGUGGAAGUAGAAGUCGUUGUUUGCUUUCUCAUGUCCAAGUUAUCGAUUCUUGGAAGAUCUAACAGCCCCAACCUAACCCUCCAAGGUAACGCACACACUUAAGUACGUCUAGUGAUUUCAAAGACUCAUAUCGAGUAAAAGCAAUAUCAGAGAAGUUGAUGUUGAACAAUAAAGUACUUGAUAAUGUACACUUGAUAACUUGUUGUUGAAGGUUAACUGCGCACUUCGGCGCCUUGCUGAGGGUUACACGGAGAACACGACAUUACUCAACAAGCUUGCAGACCAGACUGAAGAUUUUGCUGUGCAAUUAAUCGAUCAAAUAUCUGCCAACGAGGAGCUGGUUAUUCGUGAUGAACCUGACGAAGCAGAUCGUUAUGCUUCAUUGCUGAGUCCUAUGACCGAUGAUGCAAUCAAAUUCUCGCAAAAGAAGGUAAGGAACUUCCUCAAUUCAAAAAUCAUUUCCUGUCCUUUUUAAAGGAGCUAUGUCACGAUUUUAGUCACUCUGCUAUUAUAAUACCUCAACUACAAGUGUAUGUCUUGGGUUUUCAUUUUCCCGAAUGGAAAUGGAUUGCAACUUUUUAAGUUAUAAUUAAAGUCCAGUUUUAUUGAAAAAAAAAAACCAAAGACCUAUCAUGCCUUGUUUUCACUUCGAUAGAAUCACUUGAUAUCUUUCAGAGUUAUUAGUAGGCCCUAGAAUGAGAAAAGAUGACUUAGAAUGUUUAGUUACAAUUUCAGACAUUUCAGCUCAAAAGUGACCAAACAAUGUGGAACUCCUCAUGGCAAUUCCUCCUUAAAUGUGCGGGCAAAUUUCCGAUUAGAAGCCAAGCUUAGCUUCACCUUUCACGCAAAUAGGCCAUUUCCGAGCUACCUAAAGCCUCCGUUUCAAAGCGAAGCAUAGUGCAAAGCCAUUAAUGUCAAAAAUGAUAUUAUAAUCGAUUUUAAAUUCAUUAUAAAAAAAAAAGGUUUUGCACUUAGCCUCAUUCUGAAAAUGAGGGUUUUUGGAACUUGGAAAUGGCUUAUUAACUUGACAUGACCGUGUUAACUUUUUCUUCGGAGCUUACAAAUCAAGGAAAGAAACUUUAUCUAGGAUAACGAAGUCUUAGCUAAACGUCUAAUCUCCCUACAUCUAGCAAUAAUCAGUACUUAAAUUGCAUCUGUUCUGCAAAGGACUGCUUUCCAGCAAAUGAUAUCGAGAGUUUGCUAUCAUGGGCAGAGCCUUGUAAUUUUUUGUCACAAUUGGCAAAGAACUCACGGAGAAUGGAGGCUUUCAAUUGUAUUUGAUCACUUCCACCAUAUAUAUGGCGCUGGACACACAGCAAAUCGGGGCUCCAAUUUAAAUGUGUCCUUACAGAUAAUACGCCCAGCCCAGGAGAGGUUGGCCUCACCACCGGGGUCUACUUCUCCUACUCUUUUCGAGCUGUGGUGUGGGUUCUUUUACGUCCCACAAGAACCAGAUAAGUGGAAGUGCUGUGAGACGGGACGUACCGUUUUUCGUCCGUAUCCGAGAAGAUUAGCAAGUCUAACCGUUUGCAGAUGUCAUUGCAAAGGCAGCACUUUCUCGUCAGUGAUUUAAAGACCCUGAGUGUUGGUCCUGCCGGGUUUGAACCUGCGACCUUCCGCUCAGCAGUCCGGCGCUCUCCCAACUGAGCUAACCAGGCUAAUUCAUGCUCGUUUCCGAUUACGUUAAUUGCUACUUCGAAGUGCAGACUCAGCAAGAAACUAUUUUUUAACUAGGAGUGUAAUAGCACUUACAGUCAUCUUCUUGUGACUGGAGUUCUGUAUUCCUUUGAUCUGCAGUUCGUUUCGCACCCAUUAUUGUACAAAAGGCUUCAAAUAAGAUGGACACAAGGAUUGCCAGAAGUUUUAAGGCGUUGGACCCUGCUUCUUUGGCUUGUGGUUAUCAUUGACGCGGCUUUGACGCCAUUGCUUGUUGCGUUUGUAGGGUUGGCGUUUUACAGAGACCAGAAGAAGGUAAAACGUUAUUUUCUCCAUAUACGACGGAAUCCCGAUUUUUCGAAACUCCCGAUAUUUGUACUAAUUCUGCUUCUAAUUUACAUUCGAUUUCUCGAACAUUCAACAUUCAGGAAUCAAGAAAAACUCCUUUUCUAGCUACAUCCACCCCUAGUUUCUGUAAGGUGCUUUAAAGCAAUUACAAAACAACUGUCAAAUCCGUCGUUUAAGUCACAAAGAAGCUACAACGCCGUUGUUACACAAUUGAGAAUCAUUUCAGACAUCGUACAGAAGGAUUUCGGGAUAAAUAAGAAGAAAGCGCAUAUCACUGUAUUUUGUGUCUUCGCAUCAAUCGAAUUCCAAACUUUGUUAUGUAAGACUAUAUUUUGGCAUUGAAACUGUUUCCUGCCGUCUUUCGACAGGGAUGGCGAGGAUGGACAUGGAUUGAAAUGACUUGAAAAAGUUGGGCAUACGUUUUCAGUUUUUGAUGCUAUGCCUGCGAACAUCUCCAAAAAAAUAUCAUGUUCAGUGCUUCCUGGUGAAACUUGUUAUUUUCUAUCUUUUUCAAAAGCUAAAACGUGUCUUCCCUUCAGUUGAAUACUAAAAAUAACUGACCGGUUUAGAUUAUAUUUACGCACUGAAACUGUUUCCUGUCGUCUAUUGCUACAGAUGGCAAGGAUGGACAUGAAUUUUGGAAAAAUUGGGCCAACGUUUUCAAUUUUUAGUGCUAUGCCUGCCAAAAUCACCCCAAAAAUAUUCUGGUUUGUGCUCACUGAUGAAAUUUGUCUGCUAUCUUCUUCCUAACUCUACAGGAGCAUUUUUAUGUAUGGUAUUAAAAGGCACCACGUUAUGACUUCAAUAAAGAAUUAACAUACGACAGCACUAACCUCGUAACAUAGCUACUUUAACAUUGGCAGACAACGCAAGCCAGGGAGCCAUUCAUGGAAAUGGGUAAUAGGGGUGGGGGGAGGAGGGAGGUUGAUACGACGCAAACGACGUAAUAGUUCCUAUAUACCUACGAUAGUGUUGAGACACUUAACGUGAUAUUAGUACUGAAAACUAUUGUAUUUCGAGUAACAUAAGUGUAAAUAAGUUCCUUAUUGGCGCAACGUUUCUGGGGGUUGGGCUGCAUAACGUUAUAAUCAUCUAGGACCAAAUAUGUUGGUUUUGACACUUCAACUACACAGUAGAUGUAUCAUUAGUUAUUUUGAUGCUAUUUUAUGUUCCGUUUUAGUGUCUAAGAAGAUUAAAAAAGGCCAGAAUACUGAGGCAAAGACUAUGUUGUAGGAAUUCAGGAGUUCCACCGGGGAAUUCUGGAGUCGUGGAGGAUUUUGUAUGUGUCGAGACGACUUCUGUUGUGCCCUUAAGCAGACGUAUUACAAAAUCACUGGGGAAUUUCGUGGGUAUUAAUUUUUUCCCGGUAUUUACGUAAAAUAUUUGCCAGGCAUGCUCAAGGCGGCAUAAACGUAUCCAAACAACUGAGCAAGAGACGCUGGCAGCCUGCAGUUAGCCAAUUGAACUGAGUGGCUGAUAAGAGAUCCUAUCAGUCAAAUAUGAGGGAAAAAUUGUUCUGCAUAACAAUUAUCCCUAUCGUAUGCCUGUGGAGGCGUGUGUGGUCGGGCGACUAACACCUCGAACUCCGGAUCCGGAGGCCAAGGGCUCAAGCCUCGCCCCGUCGCGUUGUUUCCUUAGGCAAGAAACUUUACUCCACUUUGUCUUUCUUCAUCCAGGUGUAUAAAUGGGUACCGGCGUUGUAACGCGGGGGGGAGUAGCAAUACUCCUAGGCAUGCUUCAUGCUAAGGAAACCGGGAUAAGCUCCGGCCGUUUGGGCCUUUGGCUCUCGUGUGCCUUUUUUGCGUUUAAGAAUUAAGAAUAAAAUUUGCAAUCAUUUUGCGGCAGAACGAGAUUUGCGAUGAAUUAUGUUGCUCAGUCGACUGCUUUUAAACUGUCUCCUGAAAAGUUUUUUUUUUUUUGCAGACCAAUAUUACUGUUACUGCUCAUCCCCGUCCGUCUUGUUUUUAAAGGAAAAAUUCAGCCAUUGGGUUUUUAUUGUACUUCACUGCAUUGUGUGCAGCUCGCUGUCUUCGGUUCAACCAACUGUGGAGGAGUACUUGAUUUUUGUCUACUUCUGUAGUAUGGCACUCAAUGAAUACCAACAGUACAAAAAAGCACCUGUAAAAUACUUCAAGUAAGGCCAAGUUUAAAUGUCCUGGGGAGAAAAUUCACUCGCCUACCCAAGCUACCUUGGGUGACCCAACUUUUUCUACAUUUCCUUACAAAACUUCGCGAACCGUUUAGGCAAGAAACAAACACUUGGUUCGGCCUUUUUCGAUAGUGGGAUUACCCUCCUAGCGGGGCCAUCGUUUCUCUAUACAACGCUUUGGCUGAGAAAAUUGUAAGACAUACAGUAGAAACUCGAUAACUCGAACUCAGAUAACUCUAAUUCCCCGCUAACUCAAACUAAAUUUCCUGGAUAAAUUCAGGUUUCUAAGAAACUGCCAACCUACCCCUCCCCUAAGCUAACAUUAACACUGUAAUUCUCACGUUGGACAAAAUGAUGGGUUAGGGGAGGGUGGGCAGUUUCCCAGAAACCAAAAUUGAUCCAAUUUUCUUUCUCUUGAUCACAAUGUCACUUAAAUUUAACCCCAAUAACGUUUUUGUUUACCUUCAGAGUUCGAGUUACCGGGGUUCUACUGUAUGUUAAAAAAUUAAAACUGCAGUUAAUGAUGGAUUGGAAACAGUGCCGGAUCCAGCCCCUUAGGUAAGGGGAGGGAGGGCGGUCAUCCAGACCCUGAGAUAAGGGGGGCCAGUCUCCAAAAUUUUUUUCCGGCACCUCGGGCCUCAGUUUGGUCUAAAAAUAAGGGGGGGGGGGGGCGGGUCCCUCCCCUAGAUCCGCCAGGAGAGGGGUGGGGAAGCGGGGGUGGGCGAGGCGCGGGGGGGGGGGGGGGGGGGGCGACCACCAAGGCCGGGGGAGGGGGGGGCCCUUGCCACAAUUUUUUUGGCCGGCCCCGGGGGGCUUGGUGUGGGAAAAAAAGGGGGGGGGGGGGGGGGGGUCCCUCCCCUAGAUCCGCCACUGGGAAUAGCCUUCGUCGCAGACGUAAUCUACUUCUUGUUAGUAACGCCUGCGUAGAAGCGCCGACAUCCUUGUUCUUGGCCCCCGUCUUGAAUACUCUGUUAGUCUUUCUUCACAAUUUUUAUCCAAUGCACUUUGUUUUGAAGUGUGUACUUAUGCCCUUGGUAUGGUUUUCAUUGCAUUAGAGACCUUUAGAUUUUAAGACGAGAACGAGUAAGAAAACGAAAUUUUCUCUAUACUAAGUAGUGAAUCACAGCCAUUUUGCCGGGAAAUGCGAUAGCCGUCGCCAUUAUUCUACGAGUUUUAGUAGCGAGAAUGUCGUAUUGGUGGAAACAAGUUAUCAAAGUUUAGAAGUUUUAAUAUUUCGCAAUCGGGAGAGGGUUUAACUUCCUCCAUUAGAAAUAACUGUGCUAAUUUUUAGGUGAAAAAUGUGCAAUGAAGCUUUCUAGGGUGUAUAUUUUUUGGGAAUACGCGAAAAAAACUUUUAAGUUUAAUCUUGUCCUCGAAUCUAUAGGUCUCUAUUCUCUUAACAGGGACAUGUGGAACUAUUUAGACGUCAUCAUUGAAAUCAUUUACAUCUUAGUUGUUAUCCUUCGAAUCACGACCAUCGCCCGUGGUGGAGUUCCUUACAACAACCGUUUGUUGGAGAUUAGCAAUUACCUUUACGGCAUUAACACCUUAUUGAUGGUCCUUCGUAUCUCCAGUAUUCUCGAGCUCCAUCCAGUUGCAGGUCCACUGCAAUUGGCCUUAUACCGUAUGCUGGGAGACCUGCUGAUUAUUCUCUCUCAGUUUUUUUUCGUCAUCCUGGGAUUUGCUUUGGCUAUCAUGAAGAGCUACAAUGCAGAGACGUCAUAUAUUUCCCCGCAUAACAACUAUAAUGGAAAACCGGGAACAUCCAUGGGGUGAGUCUUUUAGUCCAUGCAACGUUUAUAUUGGCAGUAAGAUUUUAUGUUAAGUAUCAACAGGGAAUAGGUAACUGAUAAUUAGAUUGUUUGUGCGAAAACUCUUACUCUUACGGGUGCCUUUACCGAAUAGAAAACGUGAGUUUUUCAUCGUCAUACUCUUGUAAGUAGUAUAGGGCGCACUGAAUGUUCCUUUUUUUGCGGAGAAAUCUAGUUAACUUGCGGGGGAAUACGUUAACGCCGAUGACAUCAUAGCCGUUUGCCCUUAUCUCUUGAAUAAAAAUAGUGGAAUAUCAUUAAGAUAAGGUUAUGUGCAUCUUUUUAUAACUAACGGGUCCCUGAAAACUGAAAAGGUAAGGCCUAACUAAAUCCCCGGGAGCGUCAAGCUGAUGUUGUGUUGUUUAUCCUUGGUCGUGGGAAAUUUCGCUGAAAAAACAUAGCCCAUAGUCUGAAAUGUCAUCCGUCUCUUGGCCCCACCCUCCAACGGGCGGCAAGGCAAGAGCCCACGCCUUGCCAUCCGUUGAGGGGUGGCUCGACGAGACAGAUGACAUUUCAGACUACAUAUAGAUUAUUGUUUUCUCGCAGUUUAGAAAAUGAAUAUGUGUUUUCUUUCGUUGUUAAAUAUCCAUCUUGUCCAUUAGUGAGUUUAUCUUUAUAAUUUUAGAGUAGUUUACAAAUUAAGGUUGUGGAAUUAUCAUUACUAACCGCCCUUGUGCGACCUUUUUUCAGCUUUGUGAAUACAUCUGAACUGCUCAUCUGGUCUGUACUUGACAAAACAGAUUUAAACAAAUGGGAAGCGAAGACUAAAGUAACAACUCAAUUUGUAAAAGUCCUGUUUUGUAUUUUUCUCAUUGUGUCUGUCAUCAUGCUGGUUAAUAUGCUGGUGGCCUUGCUGACGAAAACAUACGACAAUAUAACGGUGAGUUCAGUAGUAGCCAAGGGGGGGGGGGGGAAUACUCCCCUAUAAUGUUAUCUACUGAGAGGCUCCGCCCCAAAUGGGUACCUUUUUCAGGCUUCAGGUAUAUGAAUGGGUACGGGUUUCACUAAAUGAAGUUCAUGAAAGGGUAGGGAAAUCUGUCAUUCGGUCUGUAAAAAUCCGUCAAAAGGCCUAAAAGGGCUAACAGAUUCAUUGUCUGGCUGUGAAAAAGUCGAGAAAACGUUCUGGUUUUGUGAUUUAUUCAUAUUUAGGAUACAGUGCAGUUACAGUAGCUAGAAAGGAUGGAAAAGUCUUAAGAUGGUUUGUGAGGAAGGGGUACCAUUACUUUGCUCAAUAGGCCCAUGUACUUUCCCCAUAGCAAAGACAGUUUUUACCACAUAUCUCAUCUGGAGAGUACCCCCCCCCCCACCCCCUCCCACCACCACCACCUUCGGAGUGGAAGUUGAAGUUUAGGGGAAGGCAUCAUAGAGAAGCGUUCUUUAGCAGCUCUUGAAAGAAAUUUUAGCAAGAAAAUAGAAUUACGAAUAGCCAAUAAAACUGACUAAGAACUACAAUCUUAAAAGAACAAGCAUGAGAUGUAAAUUAUCAGACAGCGAAUACCUCUGAUUAUAUCAUACACGCUACUGGAUCUACAUAAUUCUUUUUUUCAUGCUUAGCACUCUACAAUAAUAUACAACAUUAUGCUCUCAUGGUUUUCAUGGUGCUAGGAUCUUCCACGUGCGAGGAUCUCUCAGCUAGGAAAAUCUUAGAACUAGGAACAUGUAGGAAGAUCCUAGCGCGGCUAGGCACAAGUACGACCGUUUGCCUGUAAACUGAAUACAGAAAACAUAUAGCGCUGGGAUGAUCUGCCUUCUAGGAUCUUCCUCCCUCCAUAUAAAGAACCCCUUAAACACAACCUCUAAAUGGCUUAGACAGUAAGUAAUAAGUCGAACCUCCCGUGAACGACUACCCAACAUGUGUAAAGUGUUAAAUGUUGCUUACGGGAAGUAGUCGCUUACGAGAGUCGAUCCGCAGGAGGUCUUUUGCGAGGAAAAGUCCGGUCACAUUUACUUUUAGGAGAGAAUGUAUUUGUAUUGCAUGUAAGUUUUAGGUUAUAAUCUAUUUAAAUCCAUGUUGUUUCUAAAAGUUAUUCUCAUACUCUAAAUCGCAUAGUAUAUACCGCGAACAUAAAGAACAGACCAUUGUUUUCUGUGUUCGCUCAGGUCAACAACAAAAAGCAGUGGCGGAUCCAGACCUUCAGAUAAGGGAGGGACCCGGUCAUCCAGACCCUGAGAUAAGGGAGAGACCCGGUCAUCCAGACCCUGAGAUAAGGGAGGGACCCGGUCAUCCAGACCCUGAGAUAAGGGAGGGACCCGGUCAUCCAGACCCUGAGAUAAGGGAGGGACCCGGUCAUCCAGACCCUGAGAUAAGGGAGAGACCCGGUCAUCCAGACCCUGAGAUAAGGGAUGGACCCGGUCCCAAAAAAUUUUUUUUUCGGCCCUUAAGGUCUCAGUUUGGUCUAAAAAUAAGGGGAGGAGGGGGCCCUCCGGGUUCUUCCCCUGGAUCCGCUACUCAGAAGUGGUCGCGGUUGCUUACGAGAGGUGGUCUUUUACAAGAGCUUUCAAUUGUAAGGCUUUCACUGAAAGCUUUUAGCAUUUAGGAUUGGUGGUCGCUAACGAGAGGUGGUGAAGCACAUGGAGUUUCCUCUGUAAGUAUUUUAUUACUUGUUUUUGUUCUAGAAUAAUGCAGAAGUCGAGUGGAAAUUUGCCCGUGCUGUGUGUGAAACUCAGUACAGGGGUAUGCACGCUGUUGCUAUGCCAUUCAAUCUCCUCACUGUGCCCGCAAGGCUUUUGUGUUUAAAAGGAGAGGAAGAUACCAGAAAAAAGGUGAUGUCUUGGAUGUUCUCUGGUUUGUUGGCUGUCAUGACGUUAAUUUAAAAUUAGCAAUUUACACUAUUUUGUCCACUUUUAGCGUUUUUCUCAUCAACUUAGUAAAAAAUACCUUUUUUUGUAAAUUCUGAGACGCUGUAGAGGUCUGGAUUUGGAGACAGCAAUUUUCUAACUCAUGAGGGUGUCACGAAGAGGAAAUCAUAAAAAUAACUGUACAGCUUACUUGAAUUGAAAAUUAAUUAAUAAGUGAUUAAAGAGAUAAAAAACACAAAAAUAAACGGAUGAAUAAAUAAGCAAUUUAACUGCUCAUUCUAUUCUUCCGUUCAGUGCCCCCCACCCCCUGAAGUGGGGGUCAUCCGUGAUAUCACUAAGAGGUCAGAACCUUGUGAGCUAUCCAGUUUCAGUUUUCUCCGUUUUAAAAUUACUCUUCCAUUCGUUCGAUUAUAGGAGGCAGAUCAACGCCGAAAGAUGUACCAGAAAUACUAUGAGGAGUGCUUGUUCCCGGUACUCACAAAACGCUAUAAAAAGAAAUAUGGUGGAUCGUUUCCUCUGUCUGGUAAGAACUUGCAUUUUGUCUAGCUUGGUUUCCUCAUUUUGAUAACUGCAAUGCUUUAUUUGCUUUUUGAAGCUCCAUUGCCAGCUUACAACAAGCUGAAAAACGAGUAAAACCGGCCUUUUUAAAGGGGCUGUGUCACGGCAGUCCAGUUCAUUUUGUUUAAUUUUGCUAAUCACUCGCCCUCAAUCACUAUGGAACUUAGAGUAAGCAAAGAAAUUACGUGUAAAUGACACAAUCAGUUGCAAGCAGCAGGGAUCAUCUUUGAAAAACUGUUAGGCUGAACAGUUUUCAAAAACCCUAAUUUCAAUCCAUUUCAAUAUUCUUCAGUUUUGCCCAUCCGUGAAAUCUGUUGUUUCUGUUGUGUUAUUUUAACCUUCCUUUAGGGUUUUAAGCGGUUAUCUUUGUUUCUCUUAAUUUAACGAGCAUUUUGUAAUUACCUAAUUUGUCUUAAUUUCAUGACACAACUCAUAUCUUUGAGAUAUGACCCUCUCCGCCUCUUUCCCCUCUAUUCAAUUGACAAGGGAGGGUUGGAGGGGGAAUCGCAAGCAAAAGAUUAUUGACACGCCUUUAUGGUUGUAAGGUACAGUGUCACACAUUUGUUGGCAACUGGUUGUACCUUCUAUCCGGCUGAUGUGUGGCAUCCCGAUUGGCUUCAUUUUUGGUUUGAAAAAAAUAAAAACUUUCAAAUUCCAAUGACGUUUGUACCCUCUGAAGAUUAUUCCCAAAGCCCGUCGUUUAUGGACAAAGGUUCAAGAAAUUCAGUGAAAAAAAAACCAGUAAAACCUGUAUUAUUACGAGUUUAUUACGAACCGCUUCAUAACGAAACCCCUGAAAACGAACGACAUUCUUGGCCUUAGAUAAUGAAAUAACAUUAUAACGUAAAUCGGUUAUUGAGGGAUAUAUUUUCAUAGUCUCCUGGCACUUUGUUAAAUCGGGGCUCCGCUGAAAUAGCGUCUUAAUGAACCACAAAAUACUAAUAAGAGUACAAGAAUGGUGAGCUUCCAGAUAUUUUGCCUUUCUGGUAUGGGAUAGUCAUGUUAAAACUAAGGAUAUAGUUUAAAAUGAAAACUGAACCUUACACAGAACACUGCCAACUGUUAGAUUUGCUGCUUUCUGUUAUAAUUUUUGCGUUUCCUUCAGUUGUAUCUUUCACCACGGGGAGUUUUAAGGUGAUUUUACACGAGAAAAUUCGCAACGACGAUUUUUGGCACAACAGAGCGUUGCAACAUUGUUGGGACAUUGUUUUGAAUCCUUGCAACAUUAUUCCAACGUUGCAACGCUGUGUUGCGCUAAAAAUGGUUGUUGCGUAUCGUCCCGUGUAACAUCACCUUUAAAGGUUGGAAAUUGAUCUAACAGGCCAUUUUGCAGGGACAGGAACAUUUCGUUUUCUCUUGUGAUGGACACAAGCCUCUAUACCUUUUUUAAAUUCAUGUAACACAAAUUUGGGGGCAAAUUCGAAGGCCUUGAUGAGGAAGUCGAAUUCCGCAAAACGCGUGCCGCUUAUAUUAAGCAAUUCCCAACACACUUAGGCUCGAUUUCCACCGUCUCCCGGGUCCGGUCUUUGAUCCUCCCCGAAGAGGGAGGAGUGCGGGCUCAUUUUCCCGAACAGCGGCUGGUAAUCGAGCCUACAACACACUGAGACUUAUUUAGGCCAGAAAAAAUAGCUAUAGAAAAUGUCAUCAACGUUUGUCUUCGAUCGACUUCUUUCAAGUAUUCUUGGUUUGCAGCCUCGUGACAUGGUGGCCAUGUUGGUGUUCAAUACAAACAGUUGACUCCCGAUAACUCGAACCCUCGCUAACUCGAAGCAAAAUCGAUUUCCCCUGGAUCACCGUCAUACAUUUACUGUAAUUUACCCUCGGUAACUCGGACCCUUGAUAACUGGAACCUCCCGCUAACUCGAAGUAGUUUUUGUUUCAAAUCAGAUCAUUUCUAUAUAAUUUUACCCUCGAUAACUUGAAGGAUGUUUUGAGCCCUUAAAAAGUCGGUGAAAAAAAAACAGUCUACUGGCGUCCGAAACAUUGAAUUUUGAAUUUGCCAUUGACGUGUUGUAGGAGUAUAGUUUAUUAGUGGAGGCUGAUGUUGUUUGUCACAAAUCUAACGUGAAACAGCUUUACUUCUCAAAACAGUAAAACGCAUGCUCUAUUUAGGCUAUGUUUUGUUACGUUACGUUCUGAUUUACAGUCAAGAGGUAUCUUUUAAUUUUCACUUGACAUUUCUUUCACUGCUGCAGUAAAACUGUUCUUUACCUUACUCCCGACUAUUUCCUUCGAGCUCCCGAUAACUCGAACUUUUUUCGAUUUCCCUUGAAGGUUCGAGUUAUCGGGAGUCGACUGUAAAAGUUGUUUCGAAGAAUUUACAUGAAAAUAGAAUUAGUUCCCAGAGGAGAGAAAUGUUUUUGUUCUUGACCACCAAUAUGGCUGCCACAAGUCACGUGCAAACCAGCAAUUGUUUCUGCAGGGGCUCUUUUUCCCAGCGGCCAUCUUGUUUUGCUCCGUGAGAGGAAAUCACCUUUGAAAGCUUAAGUUCAACUUCUCCUAACAACUUUUGAUCCUCAAAAUUUGGAAGGAGUCAAGGGUGAGUUUCGUGAUGCUAUGAGUAACCUGGCAUCGAUGGGAAGGAUAGCUCUGUUCAAAACCACGCAAGGCAGACAAACGCGAGCAAAAUUAAUUGGUCAUCAAACGCAUAGUAUCCGCUUUUUUUUUUUGAAAACUCAUUAAUAUAGCAUUCCGAUAUACAGUAAUUGAUGAUUUUAAUUUCUGUUUCAGUUGAAGAAAAGAUGGACCUGAUAAUGGAGCGUCUUCAACAACUGAAAAUCCCAGCCUCCCAUGCCAAAAAUAUUUCACCGGACCAGGUAAAAAUUAUGUAUUACUUAACAACAAGGGGGGAAUUCGCUCUCUCUCCUCAUUCUCUUAUAAGCAGUUAAGUCCCUUAUCAUUCACUGCUAUCUUUUAGUCAUUUUGUCAAUAUACGAUUUACUCAGUUCAUAAAUAGCAAGUUGUCGUUCAGUUAUCACCGAACCAACGUAAUUGUUAGAUGGUGUUAACAAUAGGCGAGAUAAGGCCCUAUUUGUUCAAAAUGUGCGUAGUGUUAUCCAAUGGAUGAAUCACCAUUCCUUGGAUAGUGGUAUUGAUUUUCCUGAUAGUUAUCCGCUGGAUAGUGAUUUAUCUGGUGCAUUGCACUAUCCAUCAUUUGAACAACUGGGGCCAGAACUCAUCUAAACCUGACAACCACACUGGAUCCAGCAACAUAAAUUUUUGUCCACUUAAAUGUUCAAACAAAUGCAACAAGUAACAACUAAGAAUUUUGGAUGAAUUUGGAUUAGAGUAGGUGCAACAGCUAAUACCUCCAAUAAAUUUGAAAAGUUACCAUAAAAAACCGCUCACUUUAAUAGAGCUGCAUAACACAGACAUUAUUAGCAAUGUCUCAAUUUCCCCAUCAUGUUCUUAUCAAUUGCAAAUUCUGUUUUUCAGCCAAGGCACACGAACCAAUUUUUAGACCCUGAAUCGGCGACAAUAACUCGAGCUCCGUCGAUGACGAUUUAGGGUCAGAGGAAGAAGAGUCGGAAAGAGCAGAUGUCUGGUCAGGCACCUCGCCAGUCAGCAAAACGAAGAGUGUGGACAUUCACUGACUACUUUGUGCCCCAAGAAGCUAUUCAUCAUCCAAUGCCCGCUUUCAUAUUAAAUAAAAUGCAACCAUUUAGGUCAGAAGGUCUCAUUGAGGAAGUAAAACGUGUCUUUUAGUUCAAUGUGAGCCACAAAUUGUGGCUAGAUCCUUGCAGAUUGUAGAUUUUUUUCUAGUAAACUGCCCAAUAGAGCUAUCCGUAUGUAAUUUAUAAACUAAUCUCAUUAACUUUCAGUGGUAUAUUUUGAUAGUUGUCAAUUAGAAGUUUACUUUGCUCCAUUUCUCAGCACUCUUCGUAAUUGUCAUGCAUGAUUGUUAUCAUUACACCUUUUUUUUGUUUGCUUAUUACCAGUGUACAUAAUGUCUAUCGUUGUUUUCAAUAUUAAGUGGAAGAGUAAAAAGCUUGAGCGACGCUAACUUGAUGCUAAGAUAGGCUGGAAGCUACUCAGCCUUCGAAACAUCAGCUUUUUUAAUUUGGAGCGCUUUGAUGUUAUCAGUUCAAUCCUUAUGUUUUAAUUUUCCUAAAUAGCCUCUUCGAGAGUUGCAAUCGUCUAUUUCACAAUUAUUCUACAAGUGGGCGUUGGAUAUAAGAUGGUAGGGAGCCAACGAGGCGCGUUGCGCCGAGUUGGCUGUAAUCAUCUCAUAUCCAACAAGCGCGAGUGGACUUAUUGUUUUAUUAAAAACGCCUACAAAAUAUUGGGAAUUCUUUCCGACUUUAUUUGUAAAAACAACCGAUUUUCAGCUUGUUUUUAAUUUUGAGCGGACGCAUACAGUUACCACAUUUGGACAGCAUGGUAUAAUGGCUUAUAGGCCAUGAUGGCUAAGCUAAUCAGAUCUCUAGAAUUGCAUUACCCAAUGAUACAGUUUUUAAUAAAUCCCUUUAGACUGCAAAACAGCUCCUGUUUUUGCUUAGGUCAAAACUCUCGAGCAGUCAAACGAAAAGCCUGUUGCAGGAGGAAAAGGGAAUCUUACGCAGCGGUUUGCCCAAAACCGACUGUUUUACGCUCUAUUAUCUCUGUAUCAGUAAUUUUCAUAAUUUAUCUUAUUUAGGAAUAUUUCUUGUUUUUACAAAAAAAUAAUCAUUGUCAUUUAAUUCUGUGGCUUGUGUUUCCCAUCUUUUGCCGUACUACUAUACUGUAGAGUCAGUCAUGCCAAUAAAGCUUGUUAAUGCUGUUGUGUGUUUAUCAAAGUUCCACGGGCAUG